AUGGGUAGUAUAGGCGUGGAGUCCUUUCAGACAACAUUCGCAGUGCCAUUACAUUGCGACAGCUGCGUGGAAUCAGUCACCAAAGUGCUGAACGAGGUGGAUGGCGUGCACAAGAUCGAGGCUGCACUGAAGGAUCAGACCGUCUUGGUAGAAGGGACAGCGCCUCCUUCCGCAGUCGUUGCUGCUAUCGAGUCCACUGGCCGCGAUGCCAUCCUACGAGGCAGCGGCAAAUCCAAUGGCGCAGGCGUGUGCAUACUCGAGACGCAUGCUCCAGCAAUCAGAGACCCCGUAAGAGGCCUGGCGCGAAUGGUACAAGUGGGCGAGAACAAGACAUUGGUCGAUCUGACAUUGAAGGGCGUUUCGUCUGGAACGUAUUAUGCCACAGUGCGGGAAACUGGUGAUAUCUCCCAAGGUGCGGCCUCAACGGGCGGGGUGUGGGAGGCCAUCAAGAGGGCAGUCGGCUUCGAGAGCGAGCAAGAGCCUGCACGUGGUAUGUUUGGGACGAUAACGGUCGGAAAGGAUGGGAGAGGGAGCACAUUUCUCGACCGACCAGUCGCGAUUUGGGAGCUGAUUGGCCGAGGCAUGGUGGUGUCCAAGAGUGCGCAUGCUGGUCUUCAGAAGAACGAUCCCGAUACAUUGGUCGGUGUCAUUGCAAGGAGUGCCGGCGUGUGGGACAACGAUAAGGUGGUUUGUUCGUGUUCAGGUAAAACGGUAUGGCAGGAGCGGAAAGAGCAACAAGCCCAGGGUAUGCUGUAA